AUGUACACAUAUAUGUAUCUAUAUUCCCGUUUGCCUGCUAAAACUGGCCCGAGAGGAGGGCCGGGGAGCGGAGGGAUGGAGCUUCUGAAUCUGAGUGCAGACCAUUUCACUAACGAGAAGAUGACUUUCUCAGCUCUUUCCUCACAAGAGGGAGCCCAGUCCCCAGAUUCCUGCGCCCACUCCCCGAGGCCAGCUGGGGACACUGCCCAGGAGCUGGCUGUCCUACCUCGCUCAGUGAGGGCUGUCCUUUCCCUUGGACCCCGUCCUCCGAGCCUAUGCUGGAAGGGGGGCGGAGGGGCUUGGGGCCAGGUGGAAAGGGAGUCUUUUAAAUAA